GCCGCGCGUCGCAGCUCUCCUUCCCCCGCAGGAACACCCAGCAGGACUCGCCCGCCACGGGCGCCUCCUUCCAUCGCCAGGUUGUCCGUGUGCAGUUUGAACAGGGGAUGGGGGAAACACGGCUUCUGCUGACGGACUGAAAACUCUUUAAAAAUAUAUAUAUAUAUAAAAAAUAAAUAAAUAGCAACAACACAUUGAAGACAGGGGGCUUCGAAGAACUCCUGCUUGAUUCACUCGGACCAGAAAUCUUUAGGAUUUUCUGACUUUGCUGUAAGAAAGAAAAGGGACUACAGUUGAGAAGAUGCGUCCCCCGGUGUUCCUCUGUGUGUUGCUGUGUGUGUGUGCAGCGCCGGGCCCGGUGGCCGGGGCGGACCGGAGCUGCUCCGACCUGCGGCAGUUCUACACCGGGAAAGGGUUCACUCUGGUAGAGGUCCCUCAGACAGAGAUCUCCGGUGAACAUUUGAGGAUGUGUCCUCAGGGUCCAACUUGUUGUACCAGCACCAUGGAGGAGAACCUGGGAGGUCUGAGUGCUCGAGAGACCGAGGGACUGAUCAGAGAAGCCGGCAGGUCGCUGCAGUCUGCCUUCAACCUUCUCCACAGGAGCUUCGACACAUAUUUCACUGAGCUGCACGGUCGCUCUGAGCGCUCCCUCCCGGAGGCGCUGUCUCCUCUCGGCGCCCUGUACUCACAGAACACCCGUCUCUACGGAGAUCUCUACACCGACCUGCGACAGUACUACCGAGGCUCCGCUCUCAACCUGGACGAGACCCUGUCUGAGUUCUGGUCCCGCCUCCUGGAGCGCACCUUUAAAAUCUCCGCUCCCACAGAGGUCAACUUGUCAGAGGACUACCUCGAAUGUGUUGCUAAGCAACAGGAGACGCUGCGGCCAUUUGGAGACGUCCCAAGGGACAUGAAGGCGAAGCUGAUCCGCGCUUUUGUCACAGCCAGGUCGUUUGUCCAGGGGCUGAUUGUCAGCGGAGAGGUGGUCAGGAAGGUCUCACAGGUUCAUUUGAGUCCAGAGUGUAUGAAGGCCCUGAUGAAGCUGGUUUACUGCCCCCACUGUCACGGCAUUGCCUCCGUCAAACCCUGCUCCAACUACUGUUCCAACGUCAUGAAGGGCUGCCUGGCCAACCAAGCUGACCUGGACCCCGAGUGGCAGAAUAUUAUAGACACCAUGAUCCAGGUGGCCUCUAGUUUCAGCACGGAGCCCAGUCUCGAUGUAGUUCUCUCCUCUAUCCCUGCUCGAAUCUAUGAGGCUGUUCACUUCCUGCAGGAAAACAUGGACACAUUCACAGCAAAAGUGUACCAGACAUGUGGUACUCCAGGUGAACCAGGAACAGGAAGUCCCACACUUCAUGAGCAGAGGAAGAAGAGCGGCUCCCUGACCGCAUCAGAGUACAAACCCUCUCCAACCGCUGGGCUCAGACUGGAGAUGCAGGUUUCAGAUUUGUCAAGUAAGCUGAGGGAGAUGCGGCAGUACUGGACCCAGCUUCCUGUCGCACUUUGCAGCAAACUGGCAGCAGGAGGCGCCGGUCAGGAUAAAUGCUGGAAUGGCAUUACAAAAGCUAGGUACCUUCCAGAGGUGAUGGGUGAUGGCUUGGCCAAUCAGAUCAAUAAUCCAGAAGUAGAGCUUGACAUCACAAAGCCAGACAUGACCAUCAGGCAACAGAUCAUGCAACUCAAAAUCAUGAGCAACAGGCUGAAAAACGCACUGGAGGGCAACGAUGUGGACUUCCAGGAUGCAAGUGAUGACAUUAGCGGCUCAGGAAGCGGGAUGUGCGUAGGUGGUCUGUGUCCUCGCAACAGACCGGGAUUGUAUGCCUACUCGCCAGAUAACAACCGAGUCAGAGGCACAGCCGCGUCUCAAACACGCAUCUGUGGCCUCCUACUCCUGCUCCCAUUGACCAUCCUGCUGCUUCAGCGAUGAUGGACCGCAGCUGCCUCAAAUCAGACUCUAAGUCUAAAGGAGGGCUGAACCACGCAACAGAC